AUGGAGACACUACGAGGGUUAUUUGCAAAGCCGGAUCCUCAGCAGCAGGUUCGAAAAUGCAACGCCCUGAUUCGACAAAACAUCCGCAAACUCGACCGUGACAUCGUGCAGGUGCGACAGGUCGAGGCCAAGACCAAGAACCUGAUCCAGCAGGCCGACCGGCGAGCGCAGCGGGACCCAUCGCGGGCAAAGCAGGCGCAGAAGGAGGUGCGUGACUUCGCUCGCGAGCUGAUCCGCGUGCGCAGGACGUCGGCCCGGCUGGUGACGUCCAAGGCGCAGUUGAACAGCGUGCAGAUGCAGGUCAACGAGGCCUUUGCGGUGCGCAAGAUUGAGGGCUCGAUCCGCGCCAGUGUCGGGGUCAUGAAGGAUGUCAACUCGCUCAUCCGCCUCCCCGAGCUGUCGAGUACCAUGCAGGAGCUCAGUGUCGAGCUGAUGAAGGCCGGCAUCAUCGAGGAGAUGGUCGGCGACACCCUGCCCGAGGACGACGACAUGCUCUUCGAGGGUGGCGAGGAGGAAGGCGAGGGCGAGAUCGACAAGGUUCUCGGCGAGAUUCUCAGGGACAGGAACGCCACCGCUGCCAAGCUACCGGCUGCCCCCGUGCCCGAACCCCAGAAGCCCGUCGUCGCUACACAGCCUGCUCAGCAUGUGGAGGAAGAGGAAGAGGAGGAUGCUGAUGCUCUCAUGGAUCAGAUGAGGGAUCGACUCGAGGCGCUAAGGAGCUAG